UUCUGCAUAUAAGACCCCAUACUUGAAUUACCUUUUGUUACCAGCAAUACUAGUCUAAGAUCCCAGUGAUGACCUUGUAGGGACCGUCGAAACAUAGCUCAAUAAAUAUGCUCCUCAUUAAACCUGUUUGGGUUCACCACACCAAGGGUACUCCGAUUUAUUCUAUUCAUUGGCACCCUGACAACCAAAGAUUUGUUACCGCCGGUGACUCUGUCAAAGUCUGGAGCGUUUUAUCAUUAUUUAAAGAGAGUACAGAUAAAGAUGAAAAGGGACACAAGCUUUUGUGUACCAUCUCCUACCACAUUGGUUCUGUUAACUGUGCACGGUUUUCGGUCGACGGCCGUUUUCUUGCUACUGGAGGAGACGACAAGUCUGUAAUCCUGUGUGAAGUGAAAACCGGCUAUGCUACCAAAGUUUUUGGCUCAAGUGACAAAAACUAUGAAAACUGGGUUAUUCGGAAAACUUUUAAAGGUCAUAGCGCAGGGUACACUAUAGGCUCACAACUUUCUAUGAGCAGUCAGGCUACGUUAAUAAGGAGUUACUAUGUCGUUGAUUUGGCUUGGAAACCCAAAGGAGCGCCCCUCCUUGCCAGCGCUAGUUUGGACAGCACCGUAAUUGUUUGGAACUCAGCAACUUUGGAGCAACAAGCAGUUUUAAGAGGACAUACGAACAUGGUUAAGGGGGUUUCCUGGGACCCAAUCGGGGAGUUCAUAGCCACGCAGUCGGACGACAGAAGCGUUAUUAUAUGGAGAACGCGCGAUUGGAGCAUCGAAGCUCGAAUCACUCGUGGUUUCGAGAAUACCUCGUCGUCUACUUUUUUCCGUCGGCCAAGUUGGUCACCUGAUGGCUCUUAUAUCGUUGCUGCUCACGCUCGGAAGGACAAACUUCCCGUGGCAGCUGUAAUAAAAAGGAACUCAUGGGCGCUUGCUUAUGGAUUUGUGGGACACGAAAGACCCGUUUCGGUUGUGUCCUGGAAUAGACACUUUUACAACGCAGUGGACAAGCCAACCGCCUACUGUGCCGUUGGGGGGCAAGACAACGCUCUGACCAUCUGGUCCAAUCGGAAGGCCAGGGCAGUUGUCGGCGCCAGAGACAUCUUUGCAGACAGUAUUGUUGAUCUCGCCUGGUCGGGCGAGGGGCUUAAUCUUCUUUGCUGCUCCCUGGAAGGGUCUGUGGUGCUUUUGAGUUUUGAAGAAAAAGAGUUGGGAAGAAAGCUUUCACCCAAGGAAGUGGCAGUUUUUUUACGAGGGCCCCAGGAAGACCACGACUCGUCUCCACAGCAACUUUUCGAAGGAGUGCAGUCAAUCGCCUUCCCGCCCGGGUUUCGUUCGAAUACUUUCCUAAAACUGCAAGGAGUACCUGCUAAGCAAGUCGAAACAACUACAAGUGAUGGGCGAAGGCGAAUUGCUCCCACCAGAAUUUCUACUUGUCAGCAAGUUAUACCCAGCUUGAACAGUCAUAAUGAGACCCUCAAUGAAGCGAGACCCCUUAUAAAAAAACUUUCACGCAGACUUGUCUCCUGUGACUCAAAAGAAAUAAAAAAACACAAAAGUGAAAUCGAUAACGAGACGGCCGUGAACACUCCCGCGGACUUUCAGCCUGAAGACGAAUUGAGUGCUAGCGAGCUCAAAAAUUCUUCACGGCUGAAAUCUCGAAGCGCGGCGCACAUCGUGCCUCUUCCAAAACGAAAACAAUUGUUUCCUCUGCCGCUCCGUCAACGCUGUAUAUCGACGCGUAUAAUUAGUGGAGAGCACGAAUUGCUAUUUGAAGCACAAAACGAGCUAAUGCAUGGAGGUUGCAAAAUCUGCAAACUCGUGGCUAGACGCGGGAGUUCCGUGGCAUGGACAGCCCUCCUCGAUGAACCCUGCAACCUCUUGACCUGCUCAAAGUUUUUUGUUGCUGCUGCAUGUAGAAACGCCGUUUGCGUUUACAACACGCAAGGAAGGCUGGCGUUGCCCCAGUUUUAUAUGGAGUCUCCCGCUAGUUUCCUCCAUGCGACCAAUGAGUAUCUGCUCAUCAUAACUGUUAAUGGGCGUUGCUCCGUUUGGAACGUGCUGCAGGGCGCCGCAGUGCUCAGAAGGGUGCCAAUGGACCACCUGUGUUACCAAAAUAAAGGCGCCGCGCUUGAGCAAGAGAGCAUCGAAGGAGAAUCCGCUCUUCUUUCUUGCCUGAUCACCCCUAAAGGGAUGCCCGCCAUCAUUACGUCUGCCCUGCAUGCAUAUCUUUAUGACAAUGAGCUGGGUGCUUGGAUAUUGGUAGCUCGCGAGGACGAUCCUAUAACAUCAUCAUCUGAUUUCUACAACUCCUUCCCUCCAUUACGCUCUUCCGAAGAGGCCGCUGGACAAUACGCUACUUUUGAUCUCAUUACCAACGCGCUUAAGCGAUUUUCUUGGAACUCUUACUUGAGCCGUCGGCAUGAGCAUCACCUACUGCAAGUAGACCAAAAGCACCAACUACUCGCUACACGCUUUCACUUGGAGAAACAAGUUGUCUUGUGCUGGCGCUAUGGGUCUUUAGACGAGGCUUGUGAAUGGACAGAAAAGUACUUGCGGUUUUUGCUUUCUCUCGGAGACGUGGACCGUAUACAAGACCUCUUGAAUACCAUUCGCAUUCAAAGCAGUAAUGACCGCGACAUGCCAACUUGUAAGUGGAGACAACUCCUCGCGUAUCUUGUUCCCGUUUUAGGCAGCAGCCGCGAGCCACACGUGCGCCGGCUAGUCAGCGUGUUUCAAGAAGCCAUCAGUGAUCUCGAGAAACCCACGUGGUUUCGCUAACAACGCUUAUUAUUCUCCGUGCCGUUCUUCGCGAGUACAAUAAGUGUUAAAAUAUACAGCAGUGGUUGACUGCGGUUAAAAAAAAUCUUUGUAAAAAACGGCCAGGCCUCAUAAUGUCCAAAUUUAGCCAAAAAUUGACCACAUCAUAAAGUUUUAAUCAAAAGCAGUUAUUUAUUGGAGCUUGACACACAACACCUUCACUUUAUACCGAAUGUGGUUGAUGGCGCAAAAGCGAGAAUUGAUUAGCACUAUCAGCAAAGGUUUUAAGGCUGUAGUGCCUAAACAAUUAACAUUAUAUCAUGAACAUCACAUAAAGAUCUACCGUACCUGCAAAGACUGAGUAUCGCUACCCAGUGAUUCAAGUCAAGCUCUUUUAUUUAGAUAAACCGAUAAUAUACAUGUCGUAGAGCCAUGAUCGUUGAGGAAUCAGUGCGACUUCUUGUGAAGAACAGCUGCCUUGACUAGAAGAAGCAUAUACGACACAAUGUGCCCGUACGGCC